AUGGCGGACUCGGACAAAUAUCCAGCGGUCGAUACUGCUGCCACAAGCAGCGAUAGGCAAAUGCAACAUGAUUUGGAUAACCCGACCAACCUGAGAGAAGAUGUAAUUGUUUAUUCCUUGAUUGAUCUUGUUCUGGCAAGAAAAAUGGCUCUGGUCAACGCUGCCAUUGAUGAAAUCGGUAUGACUCCGUUUCAGUGGAAAUUGUUUUUUAUGAACGGAUUUGGAUAUGCCGCGGAUUCGCUCCUGGUAGUGUGUCAGAAUAUUUCGCAAGUAGCUGUGAAUCAGGAAUAUCGCAGCGCGGAUGCGAAAUUACAAGGCGUCUCGCUAGCUUCCCAGAUAGGAUUGCUCGUAGGUGCUGCUGCCUGGGGUUUCACUGCGGAUGUGAUCGGCCGUAAACUUGCAUUCAAUAGCAGUUUGUUUGCCAGUGCUAUCUUUGUUCUGAUUGCUGGUGCGAUGCCCAGUUAUGUUUCGUUUUCUGCCAUGGUCGCUAUUUACUCUGCAGGAGCUGGCGGAAACUACAUCCUCGACGCCACCAACUUUCUGGAAUUUCUUCCGACAACCCACUCCUGGCUAGUAACAGCACUGGCAUUAUGGUGGGCCGUGGGAUACACGAUCGCCGGUUUGUUUGCAUGGGCGUUCAUGAGUAAUUUCAGCUGUGACCCAGAUGCCACGAUGGAGACUUGCCACCGCUCUCAAAACAUGGGAUGGCGGUACCUCCAUUUUACUUGCGGUGGUCUGGUCAUAGUUAUGAGCAUUGUUCGGGUCUUAUUCCUUCGAAUGGUGCAGACGCCAAAAUGGCUGGUCAGCCAGAACCGCGACGAUGAGGCGUAUCAGAUCCUGGUGAACUUGUCCGAAAAGUACAAUCGGCCCUUUAAUCUUACUGUUGCGCAGCUUCAAUCACAGGGACGAGUUAUUAACUCCGAGAAGUCAGCCUGGUCAAAAGUCAGACUAGUUAGUCAUUUCUCAGGCCUCUUCAGCAGUCGUCGGCUCGGAUAUUCCACUGCGGUCAUUAGUUUGAACUGGCUACUCAUCGGCACAGUCUCGCCGCUUUACAGCCUUUUCCUACCGUUCUAUCUCAAAACACAGGGAGCCAAGGCUGGAGACGACUCUAACUACAUGACGUGGAGAAACUAUGCAAUUAUCCAAGUCGCGGGUUUGUUUGGCCCCGCAAUCGCAGGGUUCCUAGUUCAAACGCGCUGGUUUGGCCGUCGAGGAACGUUGGCCAUCGGUGCUGCUAUCACCACUGUGCUUCAGCUGGGAUAUACCCAGAUCAAAACGCCAGCACAGAACUUGGGGUUGUCGGCGGCCAUCAGCGCUGCUACCAAUAUCUACUACAGCACUAUCUAUGCGUAUACUCCGGAAAUCCUCCCCGCCGCCCACCGCGCGACUGGAUAUGCUGUUUGUGUGGUACUCAAUCGGGUGGGGGGUAUAGUAGGCGUGCUAGUUGGCAGCUACGCCAAUGUGGACACGGUCGCACCCCUUUUCAUAUGUGCUGGACUGUAUGGAGGUUUGGUCAUUACGAGUCUCUUGCUCCCGUUCGAGAGUCGCGGGAAGGGAACGGUAUAG